GAUAUGUUUCUGAUAUUUUGCUUGCUAUUUUGUUUAUAAUUUCUACUUGUCUCUUUGUUUUAUUUUUCUUCCUAUCUUUUGUGCGAAUGCACCAUAUGCACCAUGCGAAUACACUAUACAACUUAUAAUUUACAACUGAAUUUGGAUUUUGAUUCAUUCUGGUUUUAGUUGCGGAUAACAUUUGUAUAUAAUGUCGCAAACGAAUCAUUUGACUUUUUCGUUUUAACUAGUUGGACCCACAGUUCUUCUUUAAUGUUUUUAGCUUGUUAAUUUCCUUGGUGAUGGUCCAAAUCCGAUUUAAUGAUGUGCUAGGCAAUCAUAUCUUUUCAAAUAACCAAACGAAUAUUUAACAUAUCUCUCGCGCGCAACUUAUCAUGUGAAUUUAGAUUACAACAGUAUAUAGACCGACCUUAGGUUGCCAUGUAAACGUUAAAUGUAAUUGGAUAUAAGACUAGUAGAGAGAUAAACACGUUCUCAGUAAUUCCCCUCUUACCACUGACGCGCAUGGAAUAACGUUAAUAAUUUCAUAACUUAACACAAAAUAGAGAACUCUUCUUAUUGAUAUUGAUCAUCAACGUAUAAAGAUGACGUCCACUAAAAUCACGAGCAAAUCAGGAUCCGAGACAGCAGAGUUAAGCGAGAGCUCUUCGAGUUACAAAAAUAUAAAGCCCAGUGACGAAUUCUUACACAUUUUCGACCAAUCAUGGACAUAUAAGAGUAACCGCAGUACUCUUACCAAUAAACAAGCCAAAACAAUGAUUAUGACUAUGGACAAAUUGUUUAAUAAAAUAAUCAACUCGCGAAAGCCGAAAUUAAAUGAUACAAUAAUUCUUGCAUACAGUUAUCAAAAUAUGUGUCAUGCACACGUUCAGUCAAAUGAGAAAAAAGAACUACAUAUUGCGAAAGACUUUAUUUUACGUUGUGUGCGUUUAAUAAAAGAUAAAGAGGUGAAUUCCAAAUAUAUUUUGAUAGCUUUAAAAGCCUACAAUCAUUUAGGUUAUAUUUAUUAUAAACAAAAUAAAACAGAGAAAGCUAUAAGUGUAUUAGAUAAAGCUGUAGAUCUAUAUUUAUUAUAUACACAAGCAAUUGAAGAGUACGGUGUUCCCAUUGAUUUUGAAAAUAUUAUUAAGCCAUCUGGAAAUCUAGAUGGUCACGAGAAGCUAAAGAAGGUAUAUAUAUUUAUUUUAGAAUCAUUAAUAGAUAUACAUACAGAAAUGGUACCAACAAAUAAUCACAGCUUAAUAAUAUGCAGACAUUUGCUUUUGAUUGCUGAAUUUGAUAGAUUACCACAAACUAGAAAUUAUCUUAAGUGGUGUGAAAAAGUAUCGACAUUAUGUGAGUGUUUAUUAAAGUACAAUCGUUUCAUUGAAGCUCAAAAUCAUCUUACAGUUUUGUUGUAUGUGAAAGCAGCUUACAUCGAUGAAAAAUAUAAAAAAAUUAAAGAUAGGAGACAAGAAUAUUCCUUGGAAAUAGCUAAGUUGGAUAAAGAGUCUAAUAUUAUAAAAUAUUGCAUUAAUGAAUAUAUGGUGAAGUAUUUAAUUGCUCUUUUGCGUUUCUCGAUGCAACGAUCACUGCGAUUAGAAAAAAUCACAGUUUCUGAAAGUGACAACCUACAAUCAAAGUAUUCAACAAAUUCAAAGAAGCAGAUAUUGCCGAAAUUACUAUUAUUCCAAUUAGAAAAAGGGUAUCCAAUUCCAAAGGAAGACAUAUUAACAACGAUUCCAUAUAUCACAGAUUAUAAUGAUGCUUAUGAAAAAUUUACAUUUGCUCUGAGAUAUAUUUACAACUGGGUGUCAUAUGUGAAGAGUAAUGGUAAUCUGGAUACAAAAAAAUUCACACAAUUUAUAUUAAACGUUUCUAACGCAUACAAAUAUAUGGCUUUCUAUGAGCAGGAUACAGCCAGCCAGAUUUUACUACAAGAUAAUCGCGUAAAUAUUUUAUCGAUUGCUAUACGUACAAUAUCUUCAGAACAUCUUAACGUGUUGAAAUAUUUGUGGCUUCAACUGGCAAUUACUUAUUCAUCUUUAAUAAAUAUAAAGUUUGAACAAUUAGAGACAAUUAAUCCACUGUAUACGCCACAAAAACAUGGUACAAUUAUGUUUGAAAUUAACAAUCUAGUAAAGAAUGCUGUUAUAAAUUUGGACUUAUAUUUACACACGGAAUGAAUUUGAUAUAAUAACAAAUUAUUAUUACUUAAAAAUAACAAAGCGAAUUUUUUAUUACCCAGCAAACAGGAUGACAUCAAAUGAUGUCUUAAUGACAUAUUAUUGACGUUAGAGAUGUCAAUAAUACAUCAUUAAGAUGUCGUUUGAUGUCAUCUUGUUUUCUGGGUAGUUCUACAAAUUGAUACGAAUGUACUCAAUAAUAUCACAGUCUUGAUGUUGCAAAAGAAAUAAUUAAAUUAUUUUAAUGUUUAUAAAAUAUUUAGUUUAUAUGAAAAUAAUUUUAUAUGUAAGGAUAUACUAUAGUUUGUAGCAUUUUUAUUUGUGCAUAUAUUGAAUAGUUAAGUUAGUUAAAUUAGUUUUUAUUGCGUGAGAUAAAGUGAUUAUUUUAAUACAAUAAGAAAAUUAUUGGAAAUUACGUAGAUAACCUAUGAUCGAUUAUCCAGAAUAUAUAUAUAUAUAUAGAUUAUCCUAAAUGUUCUCAAGAUAUUCUGCUAAUAUUUUAAGCAUUUUACGGAUUAUUCUUUUUGUUAUUUAAAUAUUCACUUGAUCUCAUACAAAAAUAAGUAAUGUUUAAAUGUUACUAUGUUAAUAUUAUUGUUUAAAAGGUACUGUGAUUAAGCAGAUCAAUUCUAUCGAUAAAAAGUUUCACAUGAUCAAAUGAUAGGAUAAGUAAUAUAAAGUAUCAAAAUUGCUGUAUCUUAAAAUUGUUCAACUUUUAAGUUAAAAUAAUUUAUUCUAAGAAUAGUUUAUUGCAAUUCGGUCGCUGAAUCGAAUUGUCCAUUGUAAAUUUGUUAAAAAUUAAGUUUUCAAAGUUUUUAGAAAAAUUCUGUUACAUUUUAAUAAAAAAUUGGUAAACAUUUUACAUAUUUUUUGGACAUACAUAUAUUUUUAUGCUUUUAUUUUAUUAAACUGUAGAACUAUUUUAGAACUAUUUUUAACUAAAAGUAUAUUUAUAGAAAUGCGCAUUUCAACAACUCGGAUUUACAUUGUUACUUUGUAUAUAAGACCCUUAUAGAAAUAUCAUACUAAGAAUCAUUGACAAUUACUUAUUAUCCAGUAUUUUUAAUACUGAAAAUAAGUAAUUACCAAUGAUUCUUAGUAUGAUAUUUCUAUAAGGGGAAAAUAUGAAAUUAUAAUAUAGAAAAUGAGAAGGAUAAGGGAACAAUAAAAUAUUGAAGAUAAAAGUAUGAAUAAAAUAAAAAAUAUAAUAGAUCAAUAUCUUGCUUAAUAUGUUUUGGGCCUUUUGCUCGCUAUUUUGUUUAUAAUUUCUAUUUGUCUGUUUGUUUUAUUUUUCUUCCUAUCUUUUGUAAGAAUACGCCAUAUUCACCACGCGAAUACAUUAUACGACUUAUAAUUUACAUCUGAAUUUGGAUUUUUAUUUAUCUUGGUUUCAGUUGCGGAUAAUAUUCGUGUAUAUUGUUGUGUACGAGUCAUUUGACUUUCUUGUUUUACCUAGAUCGGCGGAUCUGCUUUCAAUUUGCUUAUUUCUUUUGCAUUCAGUCCAAAUUUGACUUAUUGGUAAGUUAGGCAACCUUCUAUUUCCAAAUAACCAUACGAAAAUAUUCAGGAUAUAUAUCGCGUAGUUUCUCAUACAAACCCAACUUAAACUAAUAUCAUAUAAGCUUCUCAUAUAAAUCAAACAAUAAAUAAA